AUGUCCACCCCCGACCCACCUGUAUGGGCUCCACCCAACGACGUAGAAGGAUUCAGGCAGAUGUAUGAGGCCGACUCUACUGAAUUAUUCAACAACAUCGCCACCCUCGUCCAGCGCGUCCGCUUCCAAAGGGACACCCUUCAUACACAACUCACCGCCGCCAAUGAAACCAUUGACAACCUCGAGGAACAGAUAGCCCGGCUCAACCUCGACCUCAAUGUCGCCCGUGCUGCCCCCGCCCCUACCGUCGCUGUCCCCAUUGCCGCUGCUCCCCCACCUGCUCCUGUCCCCGCCUUCAGGUCCGAAAAGUUUCCAGACCCUGAAAAAUUCGAUGGCACCCGCACCAAGCUCCCCGGAUUCACCACCCAACUUCGAAUGAAACUUGAAGUCAACCACGAUCGGUUCCGAAACGAGGCAGCAAAGAUUAUUUAUGCCGUCAGUCGCUUGGAAGGAAGGGCCCUUGACCAGGUCGUUCCACUCGUUAACGCUAACCCUGCCGCCCCCUUCUCCUCCGUCACUGCCUUCGUUGCCCACCUGGAAGCUUCGUUUGGAGACCCAGAUCCCCGGGGUACCGCCCGUCGCCAGCUCGUUGCCCUGAAGCAGGGCAAAGGGGACUUCGCCACCUAUUACUCGCAGUUCCUCUGUAUUGUGGCAUACCUGGACUACAACGAAGGAGCUAAGAUCGAUGCCCUGGCCGAAGGACUGUCGGAAGACCUGAAGGACGCCAUGACAUACUGGACAGAUAGGCCUAACACCGUCGAGGCCUAUGCCACCAUGUUGAUGACAAUUGAUAACCAGGUUCAGGGCCGCAAAGCUGAACAACGGGCCAUCCAUAAUACGAUGGGACAAUUUACCGCCCCCGCCGCUGUCGCACACCCAUCUCAUACCGCCGGAGGCCUCACCCCAAUGGACCUCUCUGCCCUCUAG